CUUGUAUCGUUUGCAACUCCGUUAUCAUCGCGUACAGAUUUUGAUGGUGCCAAUUUAAAUUUUGUCGUCUUUCACGUAACGAUUUUUUCCCCCGUUUAUGUAGGAACAAAUUUGUAUACGUACAUUUAUAACAUUUUACUUCAGAAUCCCCCGUUCGAUGUUUUUAAACGGGGACCGAAUGGUACCUUUACCUACAAUGGAGUGGGCCUCGAUGUUUUAAGAUGGAUGGCUGCCUAUUUUAACUUCAAGCAUGUCCUUUAUUGAUUUGAAUAAUUAAAAGUUUCAUCUUAAAUUUAAAAUAUGUAAAGAUACUGAUAAACGUCGGUUUAGAUUCACGGUGGUGGCGGUCAAUCAAACUCUUGUUGAGAAAUACGGUACUCACGAAGCAUCGUUCUACCAGCUGAUCAAUGACAAGGAAAUUGAUGGAAUUUCUUGCGCUUUUUUUUUAACCCUCGAUCGGAUUAAGAGAAUGGAUUAUACAUCUUCGUUUCUGUGGGUCGAUGGGCUCAAUAUCGUCGUUCCUAGACCGGGAGAAGAAAGUCGACUAUUCGCAUUCACCAGACCCUUUCAACCGACCGUUUGGCUUUGGAUUUUUGUUGCUAUGAUUUUCAUAGUGGGAGGCAUGACACUCUUUACUUGGCACUACUACUGUUGUGGUCUCGUUAACGAAAUAUCUGACGUGAAUAGCGACCAUCAACAUCACGAGCGAAUUAAAUCGAAUGGACAAAAUAUGUUAAGCUAUUUUAGUUCCAGUGUGAUUUACGUCAUCAAUACUAUGACAAAUCAAGGAUGUAAGGAAGCAUUUGGCCGCCAUUCCUUCCGAAUCCUCGUCGGUUUUUGGCUUUUGGGUGCCAUGGUUUUGGUGAAUUCGUAUGCAGGUAUUGUUAUCUCAUCGUUAACCGUGCCCAAAAUGAAGCCACCGAUUGAAACGUUAGAAGAUUUAGCGGCCAGCAAAGAUGUUAGUCUCAUCAUUCGACACGACGUGUCCAUCGGAGAACAAAUUCUGAAAGCAACGAAUGGAAUUUACAAGAUUCUCGGAGAUAAAGUUCGUUCUCAUCCCAAUCAAAUUCUUGGCGAUCCAUUUAGAGUAAACGCGAUGCUGGAAACUGGAAAAUAUGGUUAUCCUUUUGUCAGAGCGUUCAACGAUUGGUUCGUUGCGCUGCAAUACAAGAAAGACGGUCACUGUCGUUUUCAUUCAUCAAAAACAUUGUCUGUUCCGCUUGGAUAUUAUUCGUGGCUCGUGAAAAAAGGCAAUCCCAACGCGCGAAUAUUUAGCAAAGGGAUAAUGAAUUUGUGGGAGACUGGACUUAUAUUUUUCUGGGGAAAUAGAGCAAUCGGAGUGGCAAGGGCAGGCGAAUGUUUCGAUGGCAAACGUCAAAAAUCUGAAGCUAAACAAAUUUCUAUUCGUUUAGCUGAUUUGACGAGCGCGUUUGUUAUUCUUGGCAUCGGACUCGGUUUAGCGCUACUUUGCUUCUCGUUAGAACAAAUCAAAUCGAUCAAGAAGUUUGAUCUUUUUAACUGCAAACAGUAAGUAACACGUCCGCGGGCCGCAGUAUAAUUAAAAAUCUCACGUCGUCCGCAUAAUUCGGGCUAAACGUAGCGCACUAUAGAGCUUUGAGUAAUCAAUCAAUGAAUAACGAAUCAGCUGUAUUGGAAAUAGGGCCACAUAAACACAAAUGAAAUUUUGUUAUUUAAAUGUAAACGUUUAAAGAAAAGCAACGCAAACAAACAGGUGAA